UCCGGAAGUAUCGCCGUGGCUGCCGGAAGAAGGUAGAACGGCCCGGAAGUAAACAUUACUGGCUUGCCUCGGUCGCUGCUGGGUGGUUCUGAAGUAGUCUGUGGCGGAACUGGGAAGCCAGUUCAUCAUGUCUGCAGCCACUGUGGACACGGCUAAUGCCACACCCCUGUCGGGGUCCAAAGAGAUGAGUUUGGAGGAACCGAAGAAGAUGACCAGAGAAGACUGGAGGAAGAAGAAGGAGCUAGAAGAACAGCGAAAACUGGGGAAUGCUCCUGCAGAAGUUGAUGAAGAAGGAAAAGAUAUCAACCCUCAUAUUCCUCAGUAUAUUUCUUCAGUGCCAUGGUAUAUUGAUCCAUCAAAAAGACCCACUUUAAAGCAUCAAAGACCACAGCCAGAGAAGCAAAAGCAGUUCAGUUCAUCUGGGGAAUGGUACAAGAGGGGCGUAAAGGAGAAUUCCAUAACUACUAAGUACCGCAAAGGAGCCUGUGAAAAUUGUGGAGCCAUGACACAUAAAAAGAAAGACUGCUUUGAGAGGCCAAGGCGAGUUGGAGCCAAAUUCACAGGCACAAAUAUAGCUCCAGAUGAACACAUCCAGCCUCAGCUGAUGUUCGACUAUGAUGGGAAGAGAGAUCGGUGGAAUGGCUACAACCCAGAAGAGCACAUGAAAAUUGUGGAGGAGUAUGCCAAGGUUGAUCUGGCAAAACGAACAUUGAAAGCCCAGAAACUGCAAGAAGAAUUGGCCUCAGGAAAAUUAAUGGAACAAGCCAAUUCUCCAAAACACCAGUGGGGAGAAGAGGAACCAAAUUCUCAGAUGGAAAAGGAUCAUAACAGUGAAGACGAGGACGAAGAUAAGUACGCAGAUGAUAUUGACAUGCCUGGGCAGAAUUUUGACUCAAAGAGACGCAUCACUGUCCGGAAUCUCAGGAUUCGAGAAGAUAUCGCAAAAUAUUUGAGAAAUUUAGAUCCAAAUUCUGCCUAUUAUGAUCCAAAAACUAGAGCGAUGAGAGAAAAUCCUUAUGCCAAUGCGGGGAAAAAUCCAGAUGAAGUGAGUUAUGCUGGAGAUAACUUCGUUAGAUACACAGGAGAUACCAUUUCAAUGGCUCAAACACAGUUGUUUGCUUGGGAAGCCUAUGACAAGGGAUCUGAAGUGCAUCUCCAGGCAGAUCCUACAAAACUAGAGCUGCUAUACAAGUCCUUCAAAGUAAAAAAAGAAGACUUCAAAGAGCAGCAAAAAGAAAGCAUCCUAGAAAAGUACGGUGGCCAAGAACACUUGGAUGCCCCUCCAGCUGAGCUGCUCUUAGCCCAGACGGAGGACUAUGUGGAGUACUCCAGACAUGGAACUGUCAUUAAAGGCCAGGAGAGGGCUGUCGCCUGCUCCAAGUAUGAGGAGGAUGUGAAGAUCCAUAACCACACGCAUAUCUGGGGAUCUUACUGGAAAGAAGGCCGAUGGGGAUACAAAUGUUGUCACUCUUUUUUCAAGUAUUCCUAUUGUACUGGAGAAGCUGGGAAGGAGACUGUUAAUUCAGAGGAAUGUAUUCUAAAUGAUGCCACCGGAGAAGAAUCUGUGAAGAAGCCUCAAACCCUCAUGGAGAUGCAUCAGGAAAAACUCAAAGAAGAGAAGAAGAAGAAGAAAAAGAAAAAGAAACACCGAAAGAGCAGCUCGGACAGUGAUGACGAAGAAAAGAAACACGAGAAACUGAAAAAGGCACUGAAUGCAGAGGAGGCACGCCUUCUUCAUGUUAAAGAGAUCAUGCAGAUCGAUGAGAGGAAGCGGCCUUACAACAGCAUAUAUGAAACUCGGGAGCCCACUGAGGAGGAAAUGGAGGCCUACAGAAUGAAGCGGCAGAGGCCAGAUGACCCCAUGGCCUCUUUCCUUGGACAGUAGUACCUUGUCAUAGACAUGGUACCCGGCAGACAGCAGCCUGUUCUCAGCCUCUUGCUCUAGUGAUACGUAGAAAGCCUUUGUCCUUCUUGCCACCCACCUUUAAUAAAACUUUCAGAAGUCUCAAAAUCAUUGUAUUCAACAUGAAAGAAACAAAAAAGGAGGAAAGGGCCUAUAAUAGAGGAUUGAGGUUAAAAAUCAUCCAGUUUUAGUCAGUGAUUUGGAAAGAGACUUUGGCUCUCUACCUGUGAUUCCAGCAUUUGAGAGACUGAGGCAAGAGGGUCAAGAGCUGGAGGUCAUGCUUGGUACACCUGCAGUCCCAGCUCCUACGAGGAUGAAGCAGAGCCACCUUAGCGGUCCAGCAGGUUGGAGAGCAGCCUGCAUAACAUGAGACUUUGUCUCAAAACAAAGUGAGUUCCAGGCUAUCUCUAGCUGUCAGAAAAAAAGUCUUCUAUUUAUCCUGUAUGUAGGUCUCCUACUUCUUCAGUUUUCCUGGCCUUCUACCUAGCAGUAGCACACAUAUUAAGAUAGAUUCCGCUCUUAAAAAAAAAAAGCUUCACUUUCUUAAACUAGUAAUUCCAGUAGUAAUUUAACUAAUAAUUUAACUCUAUGAUUACACUUAGAGUAUUUGGUUUUGCCUUUUAGGAUUUUCUUGAUUUGAAACAUUCUACCUUAGUCUGUGUCACUGAAAGGAAAUCUGUAGAACUUAUAAGUAUCUCCCCUGAUCUGAGAUAAUCCGUUUUUCAUUUGGUUGUUAGAUGUUGGAUUUUAAUGUAUUUUUCUAUCUUACAUCCAGACUGUUAGCCUUCGUAUAGAAAAUCAAGUAUUUUCUCAUCCUUGGCACAGCAUUGCCUGAUCACCACUGGUCUUUUACCUUGCUGAACAUGAACUUUUAGACAUAGAAAUCCUUUCUUUUAUCAUAAAAGAUGCAGUUUUUAUUAUUUAUCAUUUUAAUUGUGAUUUAUGUAACAAUCAUAACAUUAAACUCUAUGAGAUCGAAAACAUCUAUUUACCUUGUCUUCAUAGCCAGCAAAUACUACUUUAUAAAACUUAGAGAGCAAACAAUCCUGAAGUUGAAGGUCCUUCAAAGAAUUCUAAGGAUGGCUUUGUAGGGAUCUUAACAGCUGAUAUUGCUGUGAUCCUCAAGCCUUGCCUAAGAAUAUUAUGAAGACAACACCAAUAGAGUAUGAGCAGAGAACAGCUGAUAACAGCCCGUGAUGGCAGAAGACAUUGAAUCAAUUGCCUUCCAAAAACCACUUCUAGGAUACUAUGUGAAGUCAGCAUCUCAGAAAUGGUGGAAGGAAAGCAGCAGAACCCAUGAUCAAAUAAUUGUAUUCCUAGCAUCACCAUUCCGACUAAUGAGAUUAAAGCUGCAAAGCAGGCCUGAGUGAUAGCUCAGUUGGUGAAGUGCUUGCCUUGCAACAUAACUCAAGUUUGAGCCCCAGGACCCACAGCUUAAAAAGCCAGGUGUAGUGGUCUGUGCUUGAAUCCCAGUGCUAGGGAGGCAGAGACAGACAAGAUCCCUGGGGCUUACUGGCCAGCCAGCCUAGCCAAAUCAGCCAGUUCCAGACCAAGGAGAGAGAAAAAGGUAAACAGCAAAUAAGAAACAAGACUUGAAGUUGUUCUCUGACCUCUACACACAAGUGCACCUGUUCCUACACAGGCACACAGAAUGGUAAUGUAAAUAAAUCUGAUUUUUCUUUAAAAUGUCAAAUUUGUGUUUUUCUAUUCCUACCCUAACAUAGGAUGAUUCAGUACAAAGUCUAACAUUGGCAUCUUGUUUUGUAUAUUUUGUUAAUGAACAUGCAAUUGAGAAUAUUUAA